ACCGGGUUGCCAGGCAACGCUGGAGUUCGCCACACGGUCUCUGGUGACAGCAGCAAAGGUCCAGGCUCCGGUUCCGGGUUCCGCUCAGCCGUUCGACAUGUCGAGACGGAAUCCGAACCCUUCUUCUCCGCCGCUGGGGGACGAGCUCGGCCGUCGGCAGGUUCCUAAGGAUAGCCUGGAUUUCAAGCUGAAUACCGUCUACGACCACCACACAGCCUUAUUCUGGAGCAAGAAUGAAAUGCUGUUGCAGAGAGAAACCGUCAAUGUUGGCAAACUGAAAAGGGAAAAGUUAGAGAAGCAGCUCAAGCUGCAACAAGAGCAAGAGAACGGCAUCAGAGUUUGGGUCGACCCGAGGAGGAACACCUACCACUACGUGACGUGACGGGUAAAAUGUUGAAAAUAUUCGCAGGCGCUCUGCUUUCUCAGCAAUUAGAACUUCAGCUUCAGAGGAGGCUUCAAGAACUACUAAUGACUGCUGCUGCUAACCAGGAAGUCCUGACAAUAAAACAGUCCUGUCUGUGCU